GCGAAAGGGGGGGAAUAAAGGAAGUUCUUCGGAAACUUUAAGCACAGGAGUUGGGAACUUUUUUUCUCCCCUAGAAGUUGAGCUAGUUCCGUUCGACAUCAGAAAACGGGGGAACUGUUGCGAAUCGGGGGGAAAGAACUUAUAUUUGCUUUUUUAUGCAAACCGUAAUAGACGCGGCUUUUCCCCCCAGUCCGAGAAAAAUUAUAACAUCAAGGGCGAUGCGAUGUGAGUGAGCUAUGCCUUAUAGAAAUGGACAGACUGUAUCCAAGCGAAAACAUGGCGUCUAUUUCUCAGAGUUUGGACUUUUCUCCAGUCUGCUGUUACUCUGCUUCCUCGAAGCAUCGGGCGUCUUGGGGAGCGACAGAGGCUGCAGUCCGUGUCCCACCAACUGUACUUGUUCGCUUGUGGGACCCCAGGAUUCUUGUGUUGUUAAUUGUUCGAACAUUGGACUGGACUGGGGACCCGCGGCGGUGGAUCUCCCGUCUGACACAAACAUUUUGGAUCUGUCCACAAACCGCAUUUCCUCUCUAGAUGCCAGUCUCUUUGAUCCUCUGACUUCCUUGAAGGAAUUGUAUCUUCAGGGUAACCGCCUUACCACUCUUCCUCGCGGGAUCUUUGGAUGUGGGACGCUGUCCGUGCUAGAUUUAAGCAACAACCAGAUUUCUACAUUAGAAGAAAGAAUAUGUGAUAAAUUAUUUAAUUUAACUGAAAUAAACCUGAGCAGGAACCCGUUUGUGUGUGACUGUAAGCUCUUUCGGCUGGUGAGCUGGCUGCAGGAGAGGGGCGUGCGCGUGCGGAAGGUGGAGUCCAUGCAGUGCCAGUGGCCCGUUGAGCUGCGGAACCAGCCGGUGCUCAACGUCAGCCUCCUCAUGUGCGGGCUGAACUACGCGGCCUGCCUGCCGGACAGCCACACGGGGGUGAAGGAGCUGGUGAUCUUCACCCACUCCUCGCCGGGCAACUACACGCGGGACAGCUGCAACGCGCAGUGCUUCCAGAAGGCGUACCGCUACGGCGGGCUGGGGGCGCAGCGCGAGUGCCUGUGCAGCACCAACUCGGAGCCCAACUUCAUCAGCGAGUCGCAGUGCUCGGCCGCGUGCGCCGACCCGCAGGUGAUGAAGAAGUGCGGCUGGACCGUGGCGCACGACGUCUUCCUCGUGGUCUUCACCGCCUCCUUCCGCCGCCCGCUGCGCUUCUCCGUGCACCGGGAGGCGGCCCUGACGCUCCGCUCGUCCGUGCACCCCGCCGGCCUCUCCUGGGACUUCGGCGACGGAACGCCGCCGGUCAACGCCACGCCCUGGGCCAACGCCACCCAGCUGAGCGCCCGCCACAAGUACGCGCUGCCCGGGGAGUACGCCGCCCGCGUCGCCCUGCGGUCCGAGAGGAAGGACAUCGCCGUCUCCGGGAAGGUGCGCGUCACCCUGCCCCCCCGGCUGGAGCUGGCGUGCCCGCCGGUGGUCGUGGCCAAUCACAGCAUCGACGUCGGCCUGGUCAACUGGGGCGGGGUGGGCGUUGCCGUGGACUGGAGGAUCCUGCUGGACGGACGCGAGGUCGCCAAAGCAAUGCCCCACUGUCCAUCAGAUGGUUUCCUGGAUACAAACUCCUCCCACUGCUAUCACCUGAACCCCGAGGAGUCCAGCUGGGCUGAGGCCCAGCGACAGUGCUUCGCCCAGGGUGGGGACUUGGCCGUGGUCAGAACCGAGCCAAUCAGGAGCCUCCUGGCAAGACGUGUCACACAGGAGCGCGGCGUGUGGCUGGGGCUGAGCGACGCGGACACGCCCGGCUCGCUGCGGUGGGCCGACGGCUCGGAGGCCAGCGAGGGGGAGGGCGGGGCGCGGGACAGGGCCACGCUGGUGAGCGGGAACGUCUGCGUGUCGCUGGACGCCGGCGGCCUGGCCAGCUCCCACCCCUGCAGCACCACGAGGGCCUUCGUCUGCGAGUUCAGGCCGCAAGUGCGCUUACCCGACGCCGGAGUGUUCAUGGCGGGCAGCGCGGUCUUCCACGCGCAGAGACCCCUCUCCGUCCCCGCGGCCCGGACGUCCGGCCUGGAGGCGCCCGCAGCGCCCGUGGAGCUCCUCAUGUUCCCGGCCAUGGCCUUCCUGCAUGACGCCCGGCUCUCCUCCCUGGAGUUCAUCACCCAGGACCUGAGCCGGGGCGCCCAGGUGCGAUUCCAGGUGUACAGGCCGCAGUGCCCGGAGCUGGGCCAGCACCUGCUGCUGCCAGGUUGUGGAGACCUCUGCGCCCCCAUCGCCGUGUGCCAGGACGAGGAGGCGAACGACACCGUGGAGGUCUGCCCGUCCCGUCAGCAGUGGUGCCCCUUCCAGGGGCGCUGUCUCCCCCUCGGCAGUCCCUGCUCCCCCACCUCCUGCGUCAACUGCUCCCGGGCCCCCCUCCUCCCGCUGGAGGUGUACCAGCCAGAGUACAGCCUGGUGGAGGAAGUCCUCUUCACCCUGACACCGGGAGCCUCCAGACACCAGCUGGUACGAGAGCAGAUUUCGGACAUCUUUGUGGCGGAGGGUGACUUCAUGGCCCUCCAGCACGACGCCGGUCCUGGGGCCCUGCUCCAGUGUGGCCUGGACCCCGCCUCCCCCUGGCGCCAAAGCGUGCUGGUGCUGAACGACACCGACUGGAUCAACGGCUCCUCCGUCGACGUCGCCGGCAACAGCAGCGCCUGGGCCGAGGACCGCGCCUGCCUGCUCAGAGUGCUGUACACGGGGCAGGAGGAGACCCCCGUCCCGGGCCCGCUCCUCCAGGCGGGGCUCCCCAGUCCGGGAGAUUAUACCUUCCAGGUGACGUCCGACGACCCGGAUUUCCCCAGCCGGGCGUCCUGCCCGAUCCGCGUGGUGCCGCCGCUGGGCCUCACCGUCAUCUACCCUCCGAGCCAGAACGGGACCAUCUACUUCCCCGCCAACCAGACCUUCCUGCUGGCCAAAGUGCGAUCCUGGCACCGGGCCUGGGCGAGCUGGCAAGGGGGCAACCAGUCCGUGCCCUUCCUGGCGUCCUGCCCGCCCGACCUGGCGCCCGUGGUCGGGGAGUGCCGGUCCGACCGCCACAACGACACCCUCUUCGUCUACGUGGACCUCCGGCUGGGGGGCACCCCGGCCGCCCCCGUGGUCCUGACCGCCCGCAGCGAGGUCGCGUCCGCUAACCUGACGGUGCAGGUGAGGGUGGAGGAGCCGCUCCGGGGCCUGAAGGUCACGCCCCACCCAAACCACAGGGUGCUGAUGGAGGUCAUGGUGAAGUACUCGGCGGAGGUGGAGGCCGGCUCCGACCCCAGCUUCAAGUGGACGGUGGACGACAAGCCCCACUUCACCUACUACAACACCGUGCUCAACGUCAUCUACCAGAACGCCGCCGUCUACAAGCUGUCUGUGACGGCGAUGAACCACGUGAGCGACCUGACGGAGCACUACAACGUGACGGUGGACAGGAUGAACCCCAUGGCGGACCUCACCGUGAGGGGCGUCCCGGACAUCGUCACGCAGGGCUCAGCCCAAACCCUCUCCGCUUCCGUCCUGGUCGACAUGUCGGUGGACGCCGCCUUCCGGUGGUCUUUCGGAGAUGGAGGUUACCAGGUCUACCACUUCAGACCUCCCUACAACAGCUCCCUGCUCACGCCUGACCCCCAGGCCCACCAGGUCACCUUGCAGCAGAAUGUUACCUACGUUUACGCCCAGCCAGGAGAGUACACGCUCACAGUCUCAGUGUCCAACAAGAAAGAGAACAUGAGCAAGAAGAUUGAAGUGUUUGUGUUCAGCGUGCUGACGGUGGUGGAGAUCGAGACCGACCCUGAGGUCCUGCAGGCGGGCCGGCCCACCGUAUUCGAGGCCCACCCCCUGCCCUCACCAUAUGGCAUUGUCUACACCUGGAAUUUCGGGGAUGGUUCCGCCCCCGUGCAGGGUCGCGAACGCCGUGUCAACCACACCUUCGCCCGCAGUGGCGUCUACAACAUAUCCGUCUCCAUCAACAACACCAUCAGCUAUACCAGCACCCAUGUGGAGAUGCUGGUGUCGGAGGAGAUCCGGGGCUUGUCCGUGUCCUCCACCUCCCCCACCGAGCUCAACACCCCGACGAUCGUCAGCGCCGAGGUGGAGGCCGGCAACAAUAUCACCUGGACCUUCGCGAUGGGCGACGGGAGGGUGCUGACGGUGGCGGAGCCACAGGUGGAGCACAUCUACGUCAAGGACGGCAACUACACGGUGAACGUCACGGCAACCAACGGCAUCAGCUCUUGGUGGGCGUCGCUGGCCGUGCAGGUGUUCAUCCUGGAGGUGCUCUCGCUAGAGCCGGCCGGCUGUGUCCAGGAGCUCACCGAGAUUGACUUCAACGCCUUUGUGUCGGGAAACUCCUCCGUGUAUGUCUAUGAGUGGAGCUUUGGGGACGGCACUGAAAAUGUGACCCUCCGUGGUACCCCAGGCAUCACCCAUAUGUACCCUACUAGUGGCGACUACUACCUCUCGCUCCACCUGUCCAGCAGGGUGAAUAAAGCCAAUUUCUAUGCCUGUGUCUGUGUCCAACCAAUGAUAGUUAAUGUGUCCUUAGUCUCCAAAGGCAGCUACACCUUGCUAGGAGAGGAGACUAGUUUUACCGUUAGUGCCUUCCCGGUGUUCGAAUAUACGUAUCUCUGGGAUUUCGGCAUCAAUGAUUCGACUGUUCGAGGACACAAGGACAUGUCCUUUACCUACAGAGAUCCAGGACAGUACCUGGUGACUGUCACAGUCCUCAACAACAUCUCCUUCAGCAACAGCACCACCUUAAUCGAGGUUCAGGAGUCCGUGGGCCUUGUUGUCAUCCAGCACAAUGGUACCAAGUCCAACAGCCUGGCCCUGCACCAGCUGUACACUUUCUCGGCUUCGGCGGAUGGCUCAAGCGUAGACUACAUCUGGGACUUUGGGGAUGGGAGCAUCCUGACUGGUGGUAAUGUCACCCACGCGUACAACGCCUCUGGUGACUUCAACAUCAGCCUGAUGGGGAGUAACCAAGUGAGCAGCAACCACACCGAGCUCUCUGUGUCUGUCAUCACACCCAUCCGGGGCCUGACGGUCAACGCCAGCCUGAUCAAUGUCCCCCUCAACACCUCUGUCCACUUUGAGGCACACCUAGAGCAAGGGGACAAUGUGGAAUACUCCUGGAUCCUGUGUGACCGCUGCACCGCCAUUCCCAGUACCCACACCAUGUUCUACACCUUUAGGUCGGUGGGGACAUUCAACGUCAUCGUCACAGCAGAGAAUAAGAUCAGCUUUCUGCAGGCCAGCAUUUUCAUCUUUGUCCAGCGGGAGCUGGAGGGUCUGCAGAUUGUGGCAGAGGAGCUGGGUGAAGGUUGCUGCUUUGCCACCAACAGGGUCCUCCACCUGCAGGCUGCUCUCCGGGAAGGUACCAACAUGUCCUUCAGCUGGAGCCUCCUUAGGAACCAGGAGAAUGCCACCAACCUGAGUGGGAAGACCAUAGAUGUCAACUUCUCCCAGCCAGGCCCUUGCAAUAUCUUCCUCAAGGCCACCAACCUCCUGGGCCAGAUUGGCGUCAACAGGACCAUCGAGUUUCUGGACCCAGUUGGCAGUGUAAGCCUGCAAGCUGCUCCCAACCCCGUGGCAGUCAACCGCUCAACUAACAUGACGGUCUCUGUGAGUAGUGGUUCGGAUCUGAGGUACCGUUGGUCUCUCGAUGGAGUCUCCCUGCCUUGGUUUUCUCCUUCAGUCCAACACAGAUUUGUCAACCCCGGCCUCAAGCUGGUGAGUGUGGAGAUCUCCAAUGAGGUGAGCUCAGAGAUGACCUCAGAGUGGAUCAGCGUACAGGAACCCAUUUCAGGGGUGGCUUUCACUGCCACGGAGGUCACAGAGCAGAAUUUUGUGGCCUCCGGCACCACUGUGCUCCUGCAGGGGGACUAUCAAGUUGGAACUAAUGUCUCCUGGACGUGGUACCUCCCCAACACGGUGAAAAUGGGCCAGCAGGUGACCUGGUUGUUUCCCACUGCAGGGGUUUUCACGGUCACCCUGAAUGCUACAAAUGACAUCAGCGCAGAAGCCACCUCACAGGACUUCACAGUGCAGGACAGGGUUGAGGGCCUGGAGCUGAAGGUGAACAAGAGCAUCGUGGCAUUACGGGAGAAUGUGGAGUUCAGCAUCGGCAUCUCUGCGGGGACCUCCGUGAGCUUCAUCCUGACCAUCAGCGGCGAUGCCACAGUGGAGCUCCAGAACCUCACCUACACCCACCAGUUCACUCGAGUGGACACCUAUGUGGUCAACCUGACGGCCCACAACCAGAUCAGCUCGGAGAGGGCGAGUAUUAUUGUCAAGGUCAUGGAGCCGAUCAGCAUGCUCACCAUGGUCAACUGCUGCGAGGCCGCCAUCCCCGUGGGUGUCAAGAAGUUCUUCAGCGCCGAGAUACAGACAGGAAACCGCGUCACCUUCCUGUGGACUUUCGACCUGCACCACGGGACCAAGACGUCCCUGAUUGGGAAAAAGGUGACCUACACCCCAGAAAAGUCAGGUCAGCUGACCAUAUACCUGGGUGCAGUCAAUGCCCUGGGGUGCCAGAAUGUGACCAAGGUCAUACAGGUUCAGAACGUCCUGAUCUCUGCCACCUUGGAGGCUAACCCUCGGGACACCUUUAUCAAUAAGACGAUCAGCCUGCGUGCCUUGGCGUCCCCCAGAGGCACCCCAGCCUUCUACCAGUGGAACUUUGGGGACGGCACGGGGAGGCAGAACACCAACUCACCCAGCAUUAGCCACUCAUACUCCCACCCUGGGAACUAUGUGAUCCAGGUGAAUGUCAGCAACCUAGUGAGCUGGGUCAUAGCGCAGGUCGCCGUCAACAUCCGGGUGCUGGAGUGCGAGGAGCCCGAGGUGCGGCUGGUCAACGCUCCCCGGCUGACUGUCCGUCGGCCCCAGGCCAACCUGGUGGAGGCCAGCGUCGACCUGAAGGGCUGUGUCCGGUACGGCGUGGAGUACCUGUGGGAGAUCUUCCCCUUCCCGCUCUCCGACGCCCCCCGGGGGCAGGACAGGGUCCCGCUACCAGCCGAGCUGGACACCAGGAGGCUUCAGCUCUCCAUCCCCAAAAUGUCGCUGGAGCUGGGUAACUAUAGCCUGGUCUUCUCCCUGACGUACGAGGGCAUCCCCCUGCGGAAGACCGCCUCGCUGCAGCUGAGCGUGAUAGCCGGGAAGCUGGUGCCCAUCAUCGAGGGCGGCUCCUACAGGGUCUGGUCCAAGACCCAGGACCUGCAGCUGAGCGGAGAGCAGUCGUACGACCCCAACCUGGGCCCAGAGAGCCAGACUCUGCUGAACUACCUGUGGGAGUGUACCAACACAUCAAAGGGCCCGGACCACUGCUCCAGUCUGACGUUCAGCUCGGGUUUGGGGUACAACGAGCCGGUGCUGGGCAUCCCGGGGAGGGAGCUGGAGGCCGACCUGACCUACACCUUUCGGCUCACCAUCAGCAAAGAGGGCACGGGCCGGGAGUCCACCACACAGAUGGUGCUGGUGCAGAGUGGCAGGAUCCCCAUGGUGUCCCUGGAGUGCGUGUCCUGCAAGGCCCAGUCCAUCUACGAGGUCAGCCAGAGCUCCUACGUCUUCCUGUCCGGCACCUGCAGCAACUGCCAGGCCUCACACCGUGGGCGGUGGACGGCGAUGACCCUGCAGAACGAGUCCCUGGUGCUGGACGCCAGCAGCACCACCACGGGGAACGACGGGAUGAACCUGGUGCUGCGGCAGCGCGUGCUGCGCGACGGCAACUCCUACGUCUUCAGCCUCCACGUGGUGGACGACCUCAUGGACCGGGAGGGCGUGGCCUCCAUCGUGCUCCGCCACAACAUGCCCCCUACUGGCGGCUCCUGCACCCUGCAGCCCAGCGCCGGCCGGGUCCGGACGCUCGUCGACAAAGUGCAGUUCUCCUGCGCGGGGUACGCGGACUCGGACGACCGGGAGACGCCGCUGCUGUACAGCCUGCUGGUGAGGCGCUGCUCCCAGGCGCAGUGCGAGGAGUUCUGCGUGUACAAGGGCACCAGCCGCGAGCACGCCGUCUUCCUGCCGCCCGGCUUCCUGCCCAGCCGCAGCGUGGACGUGUUCGUCAUCGUGGAGGACCACCAGGGGGCGGCCAUCACCGCCUUCAACGACUCCAUGGAAGUGAUUCUCCCAGAAGCCCCCGCUGGCUACGGCAGCCUGGUCCACUGGCUCUACAACCUGACCAGCACGACCCUGAGGGACCUGCUGAGGCAGGGAGACCCCCAGCGCGUCAGAGAGCUCUCCCUGGCCCUCAUCACCGUGCUCAACGAGUACGAGCAGGUCAUGCCCACAGCCGCUGUAGGCAGGGCCGAGAGGCAGCUGAGGGUGAGCGUGCGCAGCAACAUCACCCGCGCGCUGACCGCCCUCGACCUCAACACCGUCAACGACAUCCAGCAGACCUCCGCCGCACUGGCGCAGUGCACGGCGGUCAGUCGGGAGUUCCUGUGUGAGGAGUGUCAGAACAGCACGCUGAACAAGCUGGAGUCCAUGCUGGAGAUUCUGCAGGGCGACACCAAACAGGGCACGGUCACCCCCACCGAGAUCGCCGACAACAUCCUCAGCAUCGUGGGUGACCUGAUCCACCAGGUGAGCCAGUCCCCCCCCGAGCCGGAGCCGGAGGAGAAGCUGUCCGCGCUGAGCGAGCUGCAGCCGCUGCGCGUGGCGGCCAAGGCCUACAACCUGUCGUCGGAGCUGAUGCGCAUCCUGAUGGCCUCGCGCGUGCUCAACGAGGAGGCGCUGGUGCUGCGCUGCACCAAGAUGACGGCCACGGGCAAGCGGGCCGACCCCCAGAGCCUGCUGUGCUACCGCGACGGCGGCGACUGCCUCUUCAGCAUCCCGCCGGCCUUCAACGGCAGCCUGGGCCACGUGCCGCGCGUGGUGCAGCUGCUCUUCCAGGUGGAGUCCAACCCCUUCCCCUUCAACUACGUCAGCAACUACACCGUGUCCACCGAGGUGGCCUCCAUGGAGUUCCAGACGGAGAGCGGCGCCCAGAUCCCCAUCGCCCGGCUGGACGACAGCCAGGCCAUCACCGUCACCGUGGCCAACAACAGCGCCCACGCCCACGCCCACGCCGCGCCCGAGCGGCUGCUGGCAGGGGCCGCCAACGUCAGCCACUGCAGCUCCGUCAUCGUCAAGGUCAGCGCCGGCAACACCAACCGCCACGCCGGCCUCCACGUCCGGCUCUCCUUCAGCCCGCUCGACGGUGACGAUGGCGCUGAGGAGACUGAGGAGGACCCCUCCAUCGAUGCCUACUUGCACGACUCCGCCUGGCCCAACGAGUACAACUGCAGCCAGAGGAAGCUCAUCAGUCAGAGCAUGCUCAAUGGCCUGGACCACAAGCUCUACACCUUCUUCGUUUCUCCACAGUCACAUGACACCACGCUGGACUACUACGUGAACGUGUCGACGGGGUGCGGCGCGGGCUCCCCCGGCGUGCGGCUGGAGGUGGGCGUGUUCUCCUCGCUCUGCCAGUACUUCAGCGAGAGCGACAGGGUGUGGCGCACGGACGGCAUGGUGCCCCUGGCCGAGACCACGGCCGACCGCGCCGUCUGCGUCACGCAGCACCUCACCUCCUUCGCCGCCAGCCUGUUCGUCCCGCCGGAGUCCGUGCAGUUCAUCGUGCCCAACCGAUCGUCUGGCCUCAGCCUGGUGGUGCUGCUCACCUGCGCGGUGGGGCUGGUCUGCUACGCGGUGGCGGCCGCCGUCCUGCACAAGCUGGACCAGCUGGACCUGCGGCGGGCCGCCGUGGUGCCGCUCUGCGGGAAGGACGGCCUGUUUAAGUACGAGGUGCAGGUGAAGACCGGCUGGGCCCGCGGAGCAGGCACCACGGCCCACGUGGGCAUCAGCCUGUACGGCAGGGAGAGCCGCAGCGGGCACCGCCACCUGGACAGCACCGGCGCCUUCGCCCGGAACGGCCUGGACAUCUUCCACAUCGCCACGGAUACCAGCCUGGGCAGCGUGUGGAAGAUCCGCAUCUGGCACGACAACAAGGGCCUCAGUCCUGCAUGGAGGCUGCAGUAUGUGCUGGUGAAGGACCUGCAGACCGGAAGCUCCUAUUACUUCCUGGUGGAGGAGUGGCUGUCCGUUGACAACGAGAAGACGGACGGGAGGGUGGAGAUAGAGGUGGAAGCUUCUGCGGAGGCGGAGCUUCGGCAGUUGCCCCGCCUCCUCUCCUGGGAGCUGCAGCGAUCCGUGUCCGAGAGUCACAUCUGGCUGUCUCUGUGGGACCGCCCGCCCCGCAGUCCCUUCACCCGCCUGCAGAGGGCGACCUGCUGCUCCGUGCUGCUGCACCUCUCCCUGCUGGCCAACGCCGUGUGGUACGCGACCGUGGUCGACAGGACCAGGAGCUCUGCAGCAGUGUCCAGGCUGGCCACGGUCAGCGGGGAGACAUUGGCGGUGGGACUGGUCAGCUGCAUGGUGGUGUACCCUCUCUACCUGCUGGUGCUGUGUCUCUUCAGGAUGGCCCGCAGCAAGGUGUCAGUGGAGCAGCUGCCUCCCCAGGUGGAUCAGGAGUCACUGGAAAUUGACGACAUCCUGGACAACUCCAUGGCAGGCAGCUCCUUCCUCAUCUUAAACGGGGUCCCCGGAGAGACGUACUCCGAGGAGACCAACAUAGACCUGCCGACUCCGUCGACAAAGAGCCUGCAGCGGUGGGGCGUGGGGGACAGGGAGCGGACGGGGAACUGGCCGGACCUGCUGAGUGACCCAGCGCUGGUGGGGGCGGCGCUGCCCCGGCUGAAGAGGGGUCAGGGCAGCCGGCACCUGGGGGUGGACAUGGCCCUGAGCCCCGAGGAAGAGGAGGCAGUCGCCUACUCCCACAGGAACAAGUACUUCACCUCCUCAGACGAGGAUCUGAUCAAGCGCAUCUUGGCGGACGGGCAGCUGCAGGUGUCCCGCCUCUGCGACCCCCAGCAGUUCUUCUCGCAGACGGACAGCGAGAUGGCAGACCUGUCCAGUAUUUUCGGGGAUAAGACGGAAGUGAUCCUCCUCCAGAAGCUGAAUGAACCUCUUCCCCCCGGGGCCGUGAGGAGGGACCCGCCCAAGACCGCCUUUACGUCCCGCACUGUAAUGGCGGACAUGUGUCGGCAGCGGCGGUUUCCCCCCUGGUGUGGCCAGGCGGCGCUGUUGGGCAGCUGGGCGGUGCUGGCGCUGUCCAGCGGCCUGGCGGUGUGGCUGGGCCUGGGCUUCAGUGAGAAGGUGGCUCUCAUGUGGCUCAUCUCGGUCAUCAGCAGCUUCCUGGCCUCCUUCUUCAUCCUGGAGCCCCUGAAGGUGCUGCUGGAGGGUCUGUACUUCGCCCUGGUGGUGCGGAGGCUCCGGCCGGAGGAGCAGGACGUGCUGGUGGAGAGCCCCCGCGUGGAGCACAUCAGCCAGCGCAUCCCCAGGGUGCGGCCGCCCCAGGGAUUCGCCCUGUUCCAGGCCCGGGAGGAGGCCCGCAAAGUGCGCGUGCUGCACUCCAUGCUGAAGAACUUCCUGCUGUACAUGCUGUUCCUGCUGGUGGUGCUGCUGAUGAACUACGCAGACUCCAGCCGGGACGCACACAGUCUGCAGCUGCGCAGUCAGCUGCGGCUCCGCCUCCACACGCCGGACUUCAGCAGCAUCGCCAGGCGAGAGGAGGUGUGGGCGUGGCUGUCCCAGUCUCUGCUGCCCUUUCUGCUGGACAGACAGGCCCUGAUGCGAGAGACCGGCAGCCUGCUCCUGGGGGUCCCCCGGCUACGACAAAUCCGGGCCAGUCAUGGCUGUCCCAGUAUGGAACACGUGACUAGUGACUCCUCCUGGGGUGGGUGUGCUCAUUUUGGCUCCGCCCCCGAGAACAGAACUGUGGGCUUUGGGUGGACAGGGGCGGGAUCCAACCUCACCCAGAACUGGACCGCCAAGCCAGCCAGUGCCACGGGGGCGUGGCACUGGGGACAAGCCUCCAUCUACGACAGCGGGGGCUACGUCCAGGACCUGCGGGGGUCUGCAGAGUCGUCAGAGUCCGUGAUCCGAAACCUGGAGAGACACCAGUGGCUGGACUCGCUGACCCGGGCUCUGUUCGUGGAGUUCUCUCUCUACAACACCAACACAGACCUGCUGGCGGUGCUGACCUUCCUGCUGGAGUUCCCCUCCCCCCAGGGGGCGCUGUCCAGCCUGGACCUGAAGACCUGCAUCCAGCACAGGCUGAGCGCCGGCCUGGACCUGCUGCUGCUGCUCACGGUGUUCCUGCUGGCGUUCGUGCUGUACUUCUGCGUGAGGGAGGGCGUGAGCGCCCGCAGGGAAGGGCGCGGCUACUUCCUGCGGCCGUGGAACGCGGCGGGGGCGUGCAGCCUGGCGCUGUCCCUGGGUGCAGCCGCGCUGCACCUGAGCCGCGCCGCGCUGGCCGACCGCCUGUGGGAGGCCCACCUGCGCCGCCGCCGCGCCUUCACCGACUUCUACCCGCUGGCCCUCCAGAGCCAGGCCUUCGCCCAGCUGUCCGCGCUGCUGCUCUUCCUGCUGGUGCUCAGGGCCGCGCAGCAGCUGCGCUUCCUGCGGGAGUGGGCCGUGUUUGGGAGGGCCCUGCGACGCUCUGCCAGGGAGCUGCUGGCUGCAGCCGCGGCGCUGCUAGUGCUGCUGCUGGCGUACUCACACGCUGGGCAUCUGCUCUUCCACUCGGUGCUAGACGGCUACGGCAGCGUGGGCUCGGCGUGCCUGACCCUGCUGGGGGCAGGGCGGGGCCUGUUGUCCUGGCGACCGACCGGCCCCGCCUGCUCCGCCUGCUGCCUGGCCUAUCACGGCAGCUUCUCGCUGCUGCGCCUGUGGCUGCUGUGGCUGGUGACGUCGGCGCUGCUGCGGAACUACCGCCGGGCCCGCGCCGAGCUCUACCGGCCCGCCAUCGAGUCCCAGGACUACGAGAUGGUGGAGCUCUUCCUGCGCCGCCUCAAGAUGUGGAUGGGCCUCAGCCGGGCCAAGGAGUUCCGGCACAAGGUGCGCUUUGAGGGCAUGGAGCUGCCCCCGUCCCGCUCCUCCUCCACCAGCGACUGCAAGUCCCUGUGCCUGCCGCCGCUGGACACGCCCGAGGCCCCGCCCACCCCGGACAGCGUGGACGCCGGCUCCGAGGCGUCCUGGAGGCCCACGUCCUGCAGCCCCUGCAGCCUGGGGGAGGGGCCGGGCCUGGGGCCGGUGGGCGGGGCCGCCUGGCGGGAGAGGGCGGAGGCGGACGCCACGCUCCGGCGGCUGCUGCCGGCCUUCGACUCGCUGCUGCUGCAGCUGGACCGGGUGACGCAGGCCACCGAGGAGCUGUACCGCGCCGAGUGCCGGCUGGAGCGGGCCCAGCGCCGCCGCCGCCGCCACCGCCGGAAACGCGGCCACAGGGACCCUGCGGGACGGAGGCACCACGGCAACAGGGGCGCCCACGGGACGCGGCUGCCGGAGGCCACGCCCCCCAGCGACCCCGCCCCAGACCCCGCCCCUGACCCCGCCCCCCGGCAGCGCGAGUGGGACGGCCCCCGCGAGGCCGAGCCCAUCCCCUCCAGCCUCUUCCGCCACCCGGCGCACACCACCACCAUCCCCACCCGAAAACGCAAGCCCCCGCCCCUGAAGAACAAAGUGCACCCCAACACGGACGUGCACGUCUCCGGGCACCCCAAACCCUGAGGCCGGCCGGGGGCCAGCGUCGCGGGGAACCAAAGGCCGCGGAAACGAGAAGGAGGAGCGCCGAGAAGGAGGCGGGCUCUCGGGCGAGGGGUCGGAGAACGCCCACCGCCCCCCCUCCCCCCCCGAAAAAUCACUCAAGGAAGACGAGACGGCGGCGGCAGCGGGUCCUGCCGCCGGGCGCUCGUCAGGAACAUUCCGGAAGGUAGAGAGACGAUACUGUUCCUAAUCACGGCCUUUACACAAAGGACCCAGGAAGGCACCUCAGGCCUAGUCAACACUAAGCAGCUGGCCUAAUUACGAACACUUGGCCACCAGUGAGUGCACUGGUGUCUUAUGGGAUGUGGUAGCAAGGUGCAGGACGCCAGCUUCACAACCCAACCCCCCUCCACCCC